AAAGUUGAACAUUUUAUUGCCAUUCCUGCAAGAGCCUUGUGAGGUCAUGCUUGGCCUUUGUUGGUGUAUAAAGUGCGAGAGAUAUAUCGGUUAUUGGGUUGCCUGUCAGGAAAGAAGGAAUAUAAUUUGGACGAUCUUUGCUUCGGCGAAGGCAUUCUCGUGAGUGCAUUGAAAGUGAAAAGGUGACAAGUGUCGAGUGAGUGCGGAAAUUGUUAAUAAGUUGAGUGGGACUUCAAUAGAGAAGUGAACCGAAACAACAACCAAAUUAAGACAAUUGUUGCAUUGUGUGUCAAGGUUUAGAUCAACACAGUUUAUGUUGAUCGGUGCUCGUGGUGAGUGAAAAAUUAAACCGACAACAAACUAACUGAAAUGGAGGAAGAUAACAAAAAGCCGUACAAGAUUAAAGACAUCACCCGAGCUAUCAAAAAAGCUGUGGUCGCCGGUACACUAGACGAAGUUCGGGCCAAGGCGGCAGAGAAGUUUGGCCGUGCCGAGCUGCCAAACAUCCACCUAGACUCGGACGGAACCGAAGUGGAUGACGAGGAUUACUUCCAGACAUUGGAAGCAAAUGCUGAACUGAUAGUAGUCUUCCCUGGCGAGCAGUGGAUCGAUCCCACACAUUACGUAACUAUAGCGACCCAUAAGGAAUCGGGUGACAUCACCGAUAGCCCCGAAGUGGAACGAAUACACCUAAAGAAACUGGUGGCCCAGAUGAAGUCUAACCUGUGCAAUGUGUCGGUGCUAAGUGAGCCGGAUCUGGAACUGCUGUCAAACAUGGACCCCAACUCGGUUGCCGACAUUACCGGACGAGAUUUCAUUGAGCAGCUCAAGGAAGCAUCAGGCAGAAUCCUGCAUGAAAAGCGACAGGCUCUUGACGCAAUUGAGCUGUUAAAGCUGAUCGCUAAACAGAAGGCUUCCAUCCCGAACAUCGUACACAACAUCCCCGGGGGUGAGCCCACCAACAACGAUGAUAAUGAUGAAGAUGACCGUAAUGACUGCGUGGAGGGUAGCUUAGGUGGUGGUGUUGGCAUCGUCCGUUACCUUACACCGGCGACAGACGAGCUGGAUAGUGCGAGGCGAGGCAGCAACAGCAACAGUGGUAAGCAAAUCACACUUGAACUGGAUCCCCAAACACUAGCCACAUUUCAACAGCAAAUUAGUACGAACGCUUCAGGAAAUUCCGCGUCUUCAGUGGUCGCAACAACGGUAGCUGAUCGUAGUGACGCGUCGACGGACAAUUCCAAUAAAGACGAUACAUCGAACAUUUGAUAUUUGGUUUAUCAGAUUAAUUUCUGCCAGAAGUAAAAUUGUUUCAACCAUCGAUUGUGAAUCAAUUGUGCAAAUCUUUUGUAGCUAUUGUUGUUGGUUAUUGAACCGUGUGAUAUCACCUAAUUACAGGAAGGCGGAAUCAUUGAUAAAUUUUUUUCAGAAUAAUGUUAAUCAGAAUCAAAAGUUUUAUGGCCAUAACAACGGUUACUGAUAGAUGCAAUACAGCACAGAGAAUGUAACGAAAAUGCAAAUAAUCUCUGCCCAUACAAAUUGCCUUAAUUUAGUUGAGUAAAUGUAUAUGGGAAAUGAAUUCAGCAACAUUGACAUACAGCAGACGAACACAGAUGCAGCUUUUCACUGAAGCCAGUAAGCCGUUCUGAUCAAAAGUUAUUGAAGCCCAUUCUAUCCCACAACCCCCCAUCUCAUCCCGAAUGAUGAGCUUAUUAGUUUAUACAAAAUAGAUACUGGCGUCAACUCGCUUUCUUCCGAAGCAUUUUCCACCCCUUCUUCCAUUGAUUCACUCACCGAUCUAGACGGGCGAUAUCUAGGCUUUGUGCCAAACAGUGCAACGGUGCAGAAAUCCAUUAAUAUUCCUGCCUCGACAUAUUUGGACAUGUUUUACUGGCCUCUCGACAUUUUUGACGUUUUAUUUACCUUUUCAUCUCGUUUCCGUCACUACAUGCAAAGGGCGAUACUGGAAAUGGGUGUGACCUUUUACAAUUAGAAUGUUUUUCCACUCACUCCCAUCACGGCUCGGUUCGGAUUGAGUUGAGGACGAAGUGAGGCACUUAAUGGAAUAAUAUAGAAGGUUUUUGGCUGAAAAAAUAAAAGGAUAAAGGGAGAUUGCUAAAACUAUAUUAAUGAGAUUGCAGUGAUAAUUAGAACCGGUAAUGCAAAGUUUAUUUAUGUGUUUACUCUCGCUAAGGGUUGCCAAACAAAUCGCAUAAACACACUCUUUUUUGUUUGAUGCAAAACCUUACCCAGUUAAGAGCCUUACUGCUGUCAAACCGUUUGUUCGAAGCCAAAUGAAAUGAAAUUCGAGUCCAGUGGCCAUGUCAUCUCAUUUUUCCGGAGAUGGAGUUUAGCCUUUUUUUACUCACUAAACGAACGAUCUUAUUUUGCUCCGGGCGCAAAAUUUCCGGUUCUAGUCAAUUCCGAACCUCUACUGAAUCUGAAUGAAUCUAUUCUCGGUCAGUUCCAGGUUUAUCUAGCGAAAACUACAUAAGUGUCCUUAAAUUAUCGAAUUCCAGAAUGUACGAUUGUCACUCAGUAAAGAAGUGCUCAAAUGGACUUUAAUUGAUAAUCUCUCUUGAUCCUGCUGUUCGAUGGACGUUUCAUAAUUUGUUCAAUCGAACAGUGUUAACCUAUAUCAUUUAUUGAUGAGUAACUUAAUAAAUGCCAAAUUUUAUUACAUUAUUGAGGUUUCUGUCAGAUCGUUCUCAAUCACAAAUGCCUUAAUUUUCAUCUAUCCCCUUGUCGAUUUUGGUUCACCGUGAACAAACGCUGCACCCACUCUGACAACAGCUUUAGUAAGAUAUCUUUAAGACGUCAGCUAUCUCACGCAAUUUCGAUUUACGGUUUUCUAAAAUGAUUUGGUGGACAUUUUUCACGGUUUUCGGUAUAUUCAGUGGUAGUACGAGUACGUUUAAACUCAGCAUACCACCGACAGAUGGUUGUUUUUGAUGAGACAGAGUCCCUGUAGCACCUUUCAAGCAUGUCCUGUUUUUUAUCAAAAAGAAAUGAUAAAUCAACACACGAAAUUGUUCCGAAUCCAUUGUUUGAGGAAUAUGGAGAAUAGCGUCAAUUAAAUCACUGUAACUUGCGGGCCAAACAUCAGAAUGUCAUGAAAUUUGGACAGGUAAUUUUUUAAGUUGGCACUGAAUAAAUAAUACAGAUUUUGUUUUGGUGUUGCCAUUUAUCAUGUAUCAGUUGCAGGAAUUACUGAUCUACGUGUAAACUAAUUCAAAUUAAAGGUUGCUCAACCCAUCAUAACGCUAUUGAAACCAACAGUUCCGGAUUCAUAAGAUGUUGAGCGCGAUCGGCUAGAAAAUACUACAAGAAAUCACGAAACAAAAAACCAGUAAAAUCUGAGAAACUAUAUAUUAAUGUUGAUCUACUAACUAUUGAUUUGAUGACUAUCGUCUGUUUACGAAAAUAGUUUAUACGAUUUUACAUUUAAAUACGUAUAAUAUUCAUUUUAGAAUUAAAGGACUUAAAAAAAGGAAGCCGCUAUUAUUUGAACAAAAUCGCCACCAUUCAUAAGAACAAACACUUAUAGUAGAUCUUGAAUAUUUUCACAACCUACUACAGGAGUCAGUUGCAGAAACGCUAGAUGAAACCAUAAAUAAAAUAAAUCUAGAUUCCCCAGUGUAAUAGUAAUGUAGUUGAGCAACCCAUGACACCAAAAGCGCUGUAUGGUGAAAAAUGGGUGCGUGAAUGCUCCUAAAAUGUAUGUAUAAACAGGCCUGUACCCAGGAUUUCGUUUCGGGAGGGGCCCAAGGUAAAAAAAAUUAUGUUACUGAAGACUGCUUAUGUACCUAAUUCUCGGUGUGCCUCUUACGGGUGUUUUUAAAAGACACUUUAAACUUUUCCACUGGAUCUGUUAUUGUAUUACAUUUCUUUACGUUUACUGUCUUGUUAUCUCUGCAACACAUGCCUUAGACCUUCUAAAUAAUUAUAUAUCUGUUUUUGAUUUCAGGAGGGGCCCGGGCCCCUCGGGCACCCCCUCUGGGUACGUGACUGUGUAUAAAGUUGCCUGCGCAUUUAACACAACCACAGUAGCAUAAAUUGAGUAAACCUAGAUUUCCUACUGUACGGUGACACUGACAGCACUUCAAGUGAGAAACGGGUGUACUUUUUUCGAUUAGCUACUGUGGUUGUGUUAAAUGCGCAGGUAACUUUGUACAUUCAUUUAAGGAGCAUUUACGCACCCAUUCUACACCAGACGGCGCUUUUGGUGUCACGGGUUGCUCAACUACAGUACUAUUACACUGGAGAAUCUAGGUUUAUUUUAUUUAUGACAGUAGCUAAUGGGAAGAAAAGUACACCCGUUUCUCACUAGAGGUGCUGUCAGUGUCUCCUUACAGUGAGAAAUCUAGGUUUACUUGAUUUAUGGUGAAACGUAUACCGCGGGUGAACCAAGCACGCUUCAGACAAACCCACACCCAAAAAGUUGCCUCAUCGAAAAAAAACAACUUUGGUUCAAUGACGAACUUCGUUUCCUUCAGCUCGGUCGUUGCAUUUUCUCACGUGACUACGACAUAGCAGUGGUUUCAAGGUCGCAGGUUGGUAUUUCACAUUUGUAGUUGACUCGUGUUAGUAAUCACAAAAUGUUCUCUCCCAACUAACCAAAACUCCGGAUAAAACCCAACUAACCAAAACUCCGAAUAAAAUUUGAUGAUUUUGCUUAGGCAGCCUUCAUGAAACAAAACUCUGAGCAACCCAUUUUUAUUAAGUAAUUAUUUACUAAACAGCUUCUAUAAUAUAUUCAUUUAUAUUGUUUAUUUUAACCUGGCUUUAACCUAGUUGCGGACGAUCACCGGGUCCUUCUAGAAUAAAUUUUUCAGUUUCUAUGCAGCGAAAGAGUGCACACAGAAUUUAUCUGUACUAGCAAGGUGUCAAAAUUUCUGUGUGUACUUUUAAGCAACAAGAAAAUGGAUUUUUCCUGUAAUUGUGGAACUUUUGGUUGCUAGAGCUCUUAAGCUGCUAUCAGAGUGAACACGAGAAGUAGAGACGACCUCGGAGAAAAUAGAAAGCUAGUUUUAAACCUGAAAAAAAGUUUUUUUUCGGAAACGGAUACCGUUGCACAUACAGCAUUCAUUUGCAGUUUACUCUGAAUUGGUUCCCCAAGGAGCGAACAAGUUUUUGGGGGCUUCGCAUGUUCAACGAAAAUACAACUUAUUGUUGAAUUCUAGAUUUUUGCUAUUGUGAUGAAAAUUAUCAGAGCUAGGCUAACUCUAUUUUCUACGAAUCAUUAAAAAUCACUAAACGCGCGCUAGUGCGUAUACCGGUGUACACAUGGCUGUAUUUAGGCGAGAGCACGAGCGAGCGAUUCUGGCGAAGAGAAUAUGAUUCUCUCGAACUGACUUUUUUAAAUUAUUUUUACGUUUCGUCUUUGACUCAUCAGUGCAGAACUUAGAGCUAAACUCGGCAGUUCAAUUUGAACCGCUAAGCAGACGUAAAGUUUUUGCUAUUUACAGAAAAGGUUACGUGCACCUCAGAAAUGGCAUUGCAUUUCGUUGCAAAACAAAAAGUGUUCUGUAAACAGCAGAAUCUUUAAGUCUGUUAAGUUCAAUUUGAACUGCCCUGCACUGAUGAGUCAAAGACGAAACAUAAAAAUAAUAAAAACGGUUAUGUGCCCUAGCACAAAACUUGGCUAACUCCUAAAUGACUGACUUUUUUAGCCGCAAGCUCACACCUAAAAUCUGUCUAUUGGACACUGAGCAUAAGUGCACUUUCCUUUUUGUGCGGUGUUCGACGGUUGCAUCCUCAGUGCAGCCAUGAAACUUACGCACCUAUCAUUGCAGUCUUUUUUAUAAGAAAGUGAACAUAACAACGGAGAGCAACAGGUAUAACUCGAUUGAAGUGCAAUCAUAUUCUCUAUAAACAAAAAAAAACGGACCCAAUUUUCACACUUAUCGGCCGCAUAAUAAAAAAAACUUCUUAAACAUUUCUUGCUAAGUAAGUCCAGUGAUUCGAGGUGUCAAAAAUGUCGAUGACUUAAAACCAACUGUGCUCGACGCGAGCAACCACAAAAGUACAGAACAAAGCAGUAGUCGAUAUUCUUUAAGUAAAUUCUACUUUUCGACUGCGUCAGGAUCAAGCUCAAUUGGCUAAGUCCGGUGUCAGGGCGAGCGCGAGAGUGAAGAAAAAAGAUGACUUUAUUAUAUACAUAGCGAUACAGCAAAUCAAAGAGGAACAAUGUCAAUCUGUUUUCUCGAUCUGCAUAAUACCGUUGAUUCGCAGCACGUAGGAUUAUCGCUUUUCGCACACUUUUUUCAGAUUUCAUUUUUGUUCAGUUAAAAACUGUAUCCCUAGAGGAUUUGAACAGAACGCUUCUUCUGAAGAGCGAGAGCUUGUUUUUACUGUCGGUGCCAACUGGAACACUAAUUUCUGUAUUUCGUUUCAUUAAGAUGAUUUGCUGUGCUGUCAAGCAUACUGUAAUUUCUUGGGUUAUGCCAGAGCAGCCUUACUUUCACGUAUUGAUGGGCCCGAGAGCAAAAUUUAUUUGGGUGCUCAGAACAGACUGAAUGACCUUUUUUUUUGCUCGCUAAGUUUCGUCAAGUGCCCCUUAAGACCGUGGGUCCGGGGGCACGUGCCUCCGUUGCCCCUCUGUGAAAGCGGCCCUGUGCCAGAGUAUUACAUCUUUCAACAUGUAAAAAUAAAUUUUGCGUCUGUAUCAAUGUAAUAUUCAGCUAAAUUAACUGUGAAAUUAAUGAUAUGACAUGGCAUCACAUUCAACAUAUCAUGCUAAUUGUAUGGGUGUGCAGUGCUGCUAUUUUUAAUGCGCACGAAUUUGACAUUUCUCUCCCCUACUUCUAUGUACGAGAUUCGAUGCGGACUCACUUGAGGGCAAAACAGGAUGUUACCAAUGAUUUUCUCGGGAAAUGUGACAGCUGGAGCUUGUUCAUAUGAUGUCUUUGCUAAGAGGUAGUACAUUUGCAUUGAAAAUGGUAAAUUAGUUCAUUAAAUAAAAUUACAGAGAAUAGGAUCUAACUCAAUAUUCAAUUAUAUAAUAGCAGUUCUCUAUGAACUAUGAACAGGAAUGAUGUAAUUUUGUAUAUUAUAUCUUCAAUUACCGUAAACUCAACCUAAUACUCCAUUAUUCUCUCAUCAAAAGUGAGCUUGGCUGAAACAAAAAAAACUGUAUCUAUGUUCGGUAUCAGCUGUGUUUGAGCGAUGUCACGUAAAUCCUUUAAAUUACCACAUUUCAGUAGAAAAUUGACAGUGUAGUUUAGCAUUUCAACCCAAUCUAUAGAGAAAAAAACCUUGUGAGUUUUGCAACUAGAAAACACGACUAGUUAUCGUCGGUCUGAGAAAGUCUUUUAAACAAUUUGAAUGACCGAACUAGAACACAGGACAUACUCCGAUUAUCGUCACAGAUUGCACAGGAAAACGUUACAAUUUGUUACAUCACCUAAAUAACUCUCCUCCAAAAAGAAAAUGCCUAUAUUGAACAUUAACUAAUAAUCUCUCAUAUUGAAUAUUAAAACUGUACCACACGCAAGAAAAACUCAAAGUAUUAUUCACGCAUCCUAUUGUCCACGAUUUUGUAGCAUCAACAACCAAUAACACACACGUUAAGACUUUAAAAUUUACACAUAAACCAACUAGGAUAAUAAAUUAUUCAUUAACUAUAGAAAGUGCAACUAAUCAGCAACAAUAAGUUUUAAAAUAUAAAGCCCAAACUAACAAAAGACAGUUGAAACAAACUGAUUUCAAACCCCAUAGUUAGUAGGCAGAAAAAGGCAUACUCUGCUGUCAUCCCUAAAACAUAAUACUAUUGAAAGAUAAACAAAAACAUAACCAUAACAUACGGUAAAACAGUAGGAUAGCAACUAAAUUAGUGAAGCGCAUUAGUGAAUGGCAUAGCGUCGGGCCGUAUAUGAACGUGAAAAUCCAAUAGGUUAACAAUUGAUUUUAAAUAAUCAGCACUGAUUCACUGUGAACCA